UAUAAAUGAUGGCUCUCUGCUUCAUUGUUUUCAUCGCUACAUCACUUCGAACGAGAGGAAACAACGUACGUCCAAUAUAACAAUGUCCAAGGCUCGUUCCAGUAAGCACAAGAAAAAGGGAAGGAGACAUGUGAAGGCGAAAUGUAGAGUAGAGUUAAAGGGAGAGAUGGAAGAUAUAAGAAAGGAGCAAAAGAGCAUCAAAGAAGCACAAUCACAAAUAGGAGAGAAACUUAGGGCAAUGGGAAUGGAGUGUGAAGUCUUACAAGAAGAAAUUCAGUUGAUGAUCCAGCGAAGUGCGUCUACCCAAAUUCGUCUGUGUCUCAUGUUUAAUAUAAUCAAGGCACGAGAGGAAGGCGAUUUUGAUAAGGCUGCUCACAUGACAAUAUUGCUACGUGAAAAAAUAGCAACGGAUGACAUGUAGCAGGAAAAAGACUAUCUUCGGUCCACGUGUUGUGUUUUUACUUUGUUUUGAGGGAAACAAUGUUGCAUCAAU